AGACAGCGUCCUGUAAACUAAAGCUCGUUCAGAGAAGCGUUAACGGGACAGGCGGCGUGCUGACUCAGCACGUUCACGUUAGCCUCAACUAGCUAGCUGACCGACAUGACGUAGCUGGUAACGGGCUCGCGCUCUGACUGCUGCCAAUAAUCCGCGUGUCGCACGCAGAAAUAGAACGUGCGGCUGCAGCGAGAAGAAUUCCUAAAGUCACUGCAGCGCGUGACCAUAGACGUAUAUACGUACAUAUGUAUAUAUGUCUAUGGGUGUGACGCUCGUUCCACCUCUGAGACUCAGAUCGUUCCGUUAUCUCUCUGUGAUAACGGAGCAGGCUGGUCCUGAGCACAGAUCUACCUGCAGCAUUUGCAUCAAGCACAAUGUUGUCGGAGUUUGAUCAUAAAAUCCAAACAACCAGAACAAGAACGCGAUCUAUUUUUUUUAUCACGUAUGUGCAUUUCUAUGAAAGGAGAAGUGUACUUAUGGAUGUAAGUUAUAGAUACAAUAUCUUACGUAAGAUAUCAGUGAGUGCGCAGUUGGUCUGAAGGUUCCAAAGUUUGACUUUUAUGAGGACAGUGAGCAGCCUGCCUGUAGAUCACAGCAGCACAGACUGAAGAGGAGAGAGAGCUCUGUUCAAAGCCAUUUUACUACAGAGUGGUUUUUCCAAUGCAGUACUGUAGUACUCGGGGUGGGGUCCAUGGAUGGGGCUUCCGGGAUGUGCUGUUUUCAGGUUACGCCCCAGACGGGGGUAUGUUCAUGCCAGAGAGUUUGCCUGUGCUGAGCGCAGACACCCUGAGAGGCUGGAGGGGGCUGCCUUACACCAAACUGGUGGUGGAAGUUGCCUCGCUGUUCAUCCCCCCUCAGCUGAUACCCAGGGAGGACCUGGAGGUCCUAGUGGGUGAAGCCCUCUCUGGUUUCUCGGUGCCUGAGGUGGUCAGAAUCGCCCAGCUGAAGGAGGGUCUGUCAGUCCUGGAGCUCUUUCAUGGAGACACCUUGGCCUUUAAGGAUCUGGCUAUGACCUGCACCGUGCGCUUCCUCGACUACUUCCUGCGAAAAGACAAUCACAGAGCGACUGUUGUUGUAGGUACAUCAGGGGACACUGGUGGCUCAGCCAUCCAGAGUGCAAAAGGUCUCAGUGGGUUGGAUGUGGUGGUGGUUUACCCCCGUGGACGCAUCACUCCAGUCCAAGAGAAACACAUGAUCACCUGCCUGGAGGAUAACAUCCACGUGUUUGCAGCUAACGGCAGCUCGGAUGAUAUAGACCAGCCCCUGCGCAGUCUGUUUGCAGACCAGGAGCUGGUCAAGUCUCAUGGCCUCAUGAGCCUCAACUCAGUCAACUGGUCUAGAGUUAUGGUCCAGCUCGCCCACUUCAUCUAUGCUUACCUGGAGCUCAGUGGGAUGGAGUAUGCCAAGGCUGACGGACACCUGCCCGAGCUGGAGGUGGUGGUGCCCACUGGAGGGGCGGGAAACAUAGCAGCUGGCUACAUUGUAAAGCAGAUGGGACUGCCCCUGAGGCUGGUUGCCAUGGUGAAUUCAAACGACAUAGUGCACAGGACAGUAACCACUGGUGACUUUUCCAUGGCAACUAAUGUCACCCAAACUCUGGCCCCUGCCAUAGACAUCCAGGACCCGUACAACAUGGAGCGAGUGUUCUGGCUGCUGCUAGGCAGAGACGGAGCUUCAGUGAAGACCAUGAUGGAGGAGUUUCAACAAUCACACAGACACUCUCUGCCUGAAAACCAUCGCAGACUUCUGUCACAGAUUUUAUCAACUGGAACAGUGAAUGAUGAAGGGAUUCUGCAGACCAUGAGGAGAUGCUGGGAGGAGAACCAGUAUGUGCUGUGUCCACACUCAGCUGUGGCUGUAUGGCAUCACUACCACUGUCCUCACAGUCCAGGACUCAACAGGUGUUACAUUGCAACAGCAUCUCCUGCCAAGUUCCAGGCAGCAGUGACAAGGGCUGGUCUGACCUUCGACCUGCCUGAUGCGGUGCUGGCGUUAGACAAGUUGGCCACCCGUUAUCAGAACCUGGAGCGGAGCCCAGACUGGUGCAAAGACUGGGAGGACAGACUGAGAGAGAAAAUCAAGUCUGUGAGCUCAGUCAGGAGAAACAAAGGGACUUGCUACAUCUGAAAGAUCGAGUUUUUAUUUCAGAAAUCCUGAUUGGACAUUCAGCUGUAUGUGGGUGAGGUCAGGUGAUUCUGACAGCUCGUCCUUCUCGAUCUCUGCACUUCUUUAUCGGAAUGUGGGGAAAUAAUGUUGAAGAGAAAGGCCUCCUGUUCCUCUCUGAUGGACUCUAGUCUCUAUUGUCAUAAGACUUGUUCAGCAAUGUCAUACAUCAUUUGCAAUUUUACAGACAUCCCAAGUUCCAAAAAGUCAUUUCCGGGAGACGGGGGGGGGGAGUCCCUCCCACAACGAAAGCUUAUUGGUGUAUUUUGCUGACCAAACCAA